AUGGCACCACAACGACGCCUAAAUCAACUUUUAAACGAACUCAAGCCACCUCUAGAGACAAUUGGGACUUUGAAGCUUGGAGAUAUCACUUAUGAAGUGCCCGCCUCCUUAACACCUGCUAGGCUUGCCCGUUCUGUGAACAUACUGGACGUCAACGAUCCUGUUAACUUGGAUAAUCUUCACUUCAUACUUCAGAAGUAUCUUCUUGGACAAGACGUCUUUCUGGUCUCACAACCUGGACCUUACGCUCGAAGAUUGGCUUUAACAUUUGCUAGCAUUAUCAACACAGAAUAUGAAUACAUCGCAUUGCACAGAGAUGUAGGAGAAACGGAAUUGAAACAGGGUCGAGAAAUUAGAAAAGGCGGAAACCUUGUAUAUGUGGAUAGUCCAGCCGUAAAUGCAGUCAAGCAUGGGAGGUUGCUUAUCUUAGAAGGGAUAGAGAAAGCAGAACGCGGUAUAAUGCCUGUACUCAACAAUCUAUUGGAGAAUAGAGAAAUGAAUUUAGACGAUGGAACGCAUAUCAUACACCCUCAUCGAUAUAACCAACUCUCAUCUUCCGUUACGGAGCAAGGAAAGGUGUUCAUACCCGCUCACAAGAAUUUCCGCGUUAUCGCAAUUGCUGCACCAGUGCCACCUUAUCCUGGGUACCCUCUUGAUCCGCCAUUUCGUAGUCGAUUUCAGGCUCGGUUCAUUGACCCUGUAGGAUCCCUGCUGUCCAUUACUCAUAGUUCAUCAACUUCGGUGCCUCUCUAUGACAAACUACGAGAUCUUAUCCUAUCCACACAAUUUGCCAGCGAGUCACGAAGUGCUCUCGAAAUUGUUUCGAAGACAUCAUUACCGCCUUUUCCUCAGACUGCAUUGACUAAACUGAGAAGUUUGAUCGAGAAGUUCCCCCCUCCAGAUGAACUUUCUCCUCCUCAACUCGCUCGUCUCUUCUUGACAAUACAUCCUGGGUUGAUCCAUGCUCCUUUCCAAGCAUGGGCUAUUAUCAGCAGGCAAACUGAGGAAAGUGGACUAGGAGAGUUGGGAAGCCCAUCAAUGUCUUCGGUUGACGAAAACAUUGGGCUUUUCGGGUACCAAUUAUCAAAGAUUUGCCGAACAGGGGAUGCUACCGCAGAAGUUACCUUCGACCCGCCACCAGGUCUGAGCGCAAUAUCUGUUACUGUGCAAGCUGGAUCUAGGCAGCUUCGACCUUUCCCUUUUGCAGGGAAACUGGAGUUCAACCCAAGUCCAAGAUUUAUGGGUCUUUUGACUUGCUUUGUACAGGCUCAUGCCCUUGGUUGGGAUAUUUCUUUAAUUCCUCCUGCUUCUCCGUCAACGGCAUCAGCUUCGACUACCACUCUAGUUAGAGUGUUCGGCCAGAUACUGGGUUAUGAUGCAGAAGUUAUUCACAUGUACAAAGAACUAGGCGGUAGAGAGCUUGUCAUGCGCCGAAGGAUUGAAGAUGGUGGUGCUACAACUUGGGAACCAAGUACGUUGAUCGAAGGUGCUUGGGCAGGUCGAUUACUGCAUCUAGCUGGACUAGAUGUCAUUGGUUCUACUGCUGGUUCACUGUCACGAAUUAUCCAGGAUCGUGAAAUAGAGUUAUGGGAAAACAAGCGCAUUGUGGCUGAAGCAUCUCCAGAAGAAGCAAGAGAGCUGUCGGUUGCCCACCCUUCAUUCCGUGUCAUAAGCACAGCAUCGAAAUCCCUUCUGCUCAAGGAUUGGCUCUCUGACGAGCAUGCAAACAUGUUUUUCCCUAUUCCAAGUCAGCCCAUGGACAAGAAAGAGGAAUCAUCGAUUCUAUGUACCACGGGUUGUCGACAGGAGCUCAUCGAUACUCUUCUUGUCUUUGCGGAAAAAUACAGAAACAGCAUGUCGGCAGACAAUGUGUUGAAAAAUCGUAGAUUGGGCACGCGUACCCUUGUUAGAAUUGCCCGGAGACUCGCUUCAUACCCACAGGACACUGAUCUUCAUUCAAUCAUCCAACAAUCUUUGUUGGCAGAGUUCUUGCCAGCUACCGAGAAAAUGAAUCUCAACACAAUGCUGGAAGACUCCAAUAUUUUCAAGCUAACACCACCGUUCAAUCCUAGUCCUUAUGUAGACAAUAAUGCAUUAAUUUUCCCAGCACCAAGUAGCACUGGCGGAGAGACUUUACCAACCUCUAUUCCGCUGUUCAACUCUGCCCAUGACCCAGAAGGAUUUGCUUCUCAUGUGCCACACAUGGACCACUUUUACGACAACAGCUUGCAGACAGGCCUCAUGCGUGAUAUCGCGAUAGAUCUCGAAAUCCUGGGAGAACACAUAGUUUUGUUGGGCAAUCAGCUUUUGGGCCGCCCAAGAGAAUAUAUUCAACUGCAUAGAGAUACAACGGUUACCCAGCUCAUGUUUACUACAUCUUUAGAAGGCGGUAUCAUCAAUUAUACCGACUCUCCUCUUCUUCGCGCCAUCAAAUACGGUCGUUUUAUCAUCAUUGACGAGGCCGACAAAGCACCUGAACACGUCGUAGCGAUUUUCCGAAGUCUUGCUGGCCAAGGAGAGAUGUCUCUCUCCGACGGCAGGCGUGUGAGACCAGUGUUAGAAAGGGAGGGUGACAUUGUCGUUCAUCCCAAUUUUCGACUUAUUUUGUUGGCCAAUCGACCUGGGUAUCCUUUCCUCGGAAAUCAUUUCUUACAAGUUUUGGGAGAGAACUUCAGCGCACAUUCCGUCUCCAAUCCUGAUCAGGAGUCUGAACGCAAUCUUAUUGGACAGCUCGCUCCUGAGAUGGAUAAAGAUCUGGUUCUAAGACUUGUUGGGGCGUUUAGCGAUCUUCGCAAAGGUUAUGAAAAUGGGGUUCUGAGCUACCCAUAUUCGUUGAGAGAAUUGAUCAAUCUUGUGCGUCAUAUGAAAGCAUACCCGUCAGAUUCUUUGGGCGAUGCUUUGCGGAAUAUCUUCGAUUUCGAUGUCUAUAAACCGGAUACUAUUGACAAGUUGUCGGAGAUCUUGAUUCACCAUGGGUUGCAAGUCCCUCACCUUGGCUUGGAUGCUGCACGAGAAGCUGCAAAGAAGAAAGUCCAGGACAUAGAAUUCGAACCUAAGGAGACCAGCUUGAAAGGCCCGAAGGAGGGAGAGCAUGACAAUAAAGAACAUUCCGGCGGCAAUCGAUGGGCUGGCGGCACUGGUGGGCGAGAUACGGCUGGAAUGGGGGGUCGAGGAGGGUAUAAACGAUUCUAUAAGGGCGGCGAUAUUAAGCAGGUCUCGGACAAGCUCAAGCAGGAUGUACCUGAUCACAUCAAAGAGAAGGCUCGAGAAAUGGCUCGUCAAGAACUUCAGCGCAGGCUUGAGGAGCUUGAUAUGUCCGCUUCAGAAGCUAAAGGGUACGGUCAAUUGAUUGGUGCCACUGAAGCCCAUAUGGCAUCCCUUCUUGAUUUACUCGAACACCUUGCUGCAAAGGAGGAAGAACGAGUAUGGGUCAAACGACAGAUAGAUGGUGAACUGGACGAUAGUCGUCUGACUGAGGGAUUGACCGGAGAGUCCACAGUCUAUAAGCGACGUGGAAUGGAGAAGCCUGAAAUAGGUCGACCUCAAGUCAAGCCAAAGAGAAUCAAAUUCAUUUUCGAUUUGAGCGCGUCGAUGUACCGUUUCCAGUAUGAUGGCCGUUUGCAACGAAGCAUGGAGACAGCUGUAAUGUUGAUGGAGACCUUUGAACGUCUGUCUCGGAAAGACAAAUAUGUCUGGGAUAUGUGCGCCCAUUCGGGAGAUGGACCUGACAUUACGUUGACGGAGGCUGGUAAACCACCAGCUGACUUGAAAGCUCGAUGGAAAGUUACAGAGAAAAUGUAUAUGAUUCCUCAGUAUGCGUUUGCUGGCGAUUAUACUGUCGAGGCUAUAACUAAGGGUGUCACUGAAGUUGCUAAAUAUGAUGCAGAUGAUUGGUUUGUGAUCGCCAUCACGGACGCAAACUUUGGUAGAUACCAAAUCACUCCCGAGGAACUCACAAGGGCUAUGCGGCAUAACCCCAAGGUCAACACCGCCUUGAUUUGUAUUGGAGAAGGGGCAGAAGCUUCAUGGAUCACGAAAAGUCUUCCUGGUCGCGGUUUCCGGGUGGCUAACACUGGUGAUAUUCCAAAUGUGCUACGCAGCAUCUUAUCUACUAUGGUAGACCGAUAA